AUGGUCCGCAUCAUUAUCAAAGGAGGUGUAUGGAAAAACACCGAAGAUGAAGUACUCAAGGCAGCCAUCGCAAAAUAUGGCAAGAACCAAUGGGCGCGCAUAUCCUCCCUCCUCGUCCGCAAGACCCCCAAGCAGUGCAAGGCACGUUGGUACGAGUGGCUAGAUCCCUCAAUCAAGAAAACAGAAUGGUCCAAGACGGAAGACGAGAAGUUGCUCCACCUGGCGAAGCUGAUGCCGACUCAGUGGCGCACCAUCGCCCCCAUUGUCGGCCGCACGGCUACGCAAUGUCUGGAGCGCUACCAGAAGCUGCUGGACGAGGCGGAGGCGAAGGAGAACGAGGAGCUUGGCCUUGCGGGUCCUGGUGAUGAAGCGGGUCCCAGCGCGGACGACGUCCGGCGGUUGCGGCCAGGAGAAAUCGACCCUGAUCCGGAGACGAAGCCUGCGCGACCUGAUCCAAUAGACAUGGACGAAGACGAGAAGGAAAUGUUGUCGGAGGCUCGCGCGCGUUUAGCUAAUACACAGGGUAAGAAGGCGAAGCGGAAGGCUCGUGAACGCCAGCUGGAGGAAGCUAGACGGCUGGCCGUGCUGCAGAAGAAAAGAGAGUUGAAAGCAGCGGGUAUCAUCAUGCGUCAUAAGACAAAGAAGAAGGGGAUGGAUUACAAUGCAGACAUCCCCUUCGAGAAGAAGGCCGCACCUGGUUUCUACGACACCUCGGACGAACAAGCGCGCGCGACAACAGCACCCGUUGGCCAGACCCUCCGUCGCCUGGAGAACAAGCGCAAGCCAGAAGACGAAGAAUCUGAGCGGAAGAAGCGCCAACGCAGGGCGGCGGAUGGCAAGGAGGGCGGCAACGCUCCGCAUCAAACGAAAUUCAUCGCUGCGAGAGAUGCGCAGAUCCAGAAACUCAAGGAGGCUGAGUCGAUUGGGAGGCGACGGAAGCUGGUGCUCCCUACAGCUCAGGUAGGGGAGGCUGAGUUGGAGGACAUCGUGAAGAUUGGUCAGGCUGGCGAAAAUGCGAAAGCGCUCGUAGGUGGCAGCGACGCCAAUGCACGAUUGCUGAGCGAGUACGAGGGCUUGGAGAGAGCUCGCAUGGCACGGACACCUCGAACUGCUCCUCAACAUGACAACGUAAUGUCUGAGGCUCGCAAUUUGCGGAACAUGAUUAUUGCGCAAACGCCAUUACUCGGUGACGAGAAUACACCUGUACAUACUGACCCCACAGGCGGAACAGGCUUCGAGGGCGCUACUCCCCGACACCAGGUCGCUUUCACGCCGAACCCUCUCGCGACUCCCCUCCACGUUGGAGCAAAUGGAGCUCCAGGAGCGACGCCACUAGAGAUUCAAGCCACUCCUGGGUCGACGCUGAUGCGCACGCCUAUGCGAGACACGCUCAGUAUCAACCCCGAGGGAUACUCCGCCGUCGGGGAAACGCCGCGCGACCAGCGCCUGCGUACGACAUCCGCGAAACGUGCACUCAAGGCAGGCUUUAUGAGCCUCCCUAAGCCUGAGAACAACUUUGAACUUCUUGUCCCUGAGGACGAGGAGGUUGAAGAAACAGAGGGCGUCAUGGCGGAAGAGGACUCAGGCGAUCGGGAUGCUAGACUCAAGCAGCUGCGUGAAGAGGAAGAACGGAAGGCAUUGGCUCGGCGGACGCAAGUAGUGCAACGCGGACUUCCCCGGCCUGCGACGGUGGAUGUGGUUCGCCUGUUGGAGGACCUUUCAAUCACGGAAAGCGAGGGGGCCGAGUUGGCUCCCGCGGAAAAGCUGGUGCACGCGGAGCUGGCAGAUUUGCUGCAGCACGACUCAAUUGCGCAUCCUAUUCCUGGCACCUCACGACCCGGCGGCACACUGUCGACUUAUGUGAUCCCUGGGGAUGAUGACAUCGCAGCGGCAAAGUCUGCGAUCUACGCGGAGUUCGCGACAUCUCUGGGCUAUCCCGACGCGAAGGAGGAGCAGCUGAAACAGGGCGUCACGGUACUGGCGGGCUUGGAGGAGGUGGACGACACGCUGUCGUGGCCGCACAUCCGGCGGCAGCUCGUCUUCGACGCGAGUUCAAGAAUAUGGGUUGAGCCGAGCUCGCUCCCGGUGGUGGCACGCAUCGCGGGGUUCAGUGUAUUGCUGGACGAGUGCCGGGAAACGAUGACGAAGGAGGCGGGCAAGGCGGCGAAGGCGGAGAAGAAGCUGAACGUGACGCUGGGGGGAUACGAGUCGCGGUCGAAGGGCCUGUCGAAGCGGAUCACAGACGCGUUCUCGGAGAUGCAAAAAGUGAAGGUGGAUUACGAGAGCUUUGUGCGGCUGCGGACCAACGAGUCGGCGACGGGGCCUGGACGGGCAUCGGCGCUGAAGGAGGAGGUGGAGAAGCUUGAGAGGCGGGAACGGCUGCUGCAGGAGCGGUACGCGGAGCUGGAGGCGGAGCGUAGGGAGUCACAGGCUCGUGUGGCGGUGCUCGAGGAGAGGGUUAUGGCAGAAGCCGAGGCCCUCAACGAGGCGGCGCUUGCGGAGGUAGAGGAAGCUUAG